AUGCAGUCAUCCAGAUGUUUUCACUUCAUCAACUGUUCAAUAAAGUUGUAUGUGAAACCAGAAGGAACGAGACUUUGGGGUGCAAGACUAAAGAGAAGUCGUAUUGUGCAGGCUGCUCAUUUACUGCAAGCUCCAAAAAGUAAUUCUGAAGACCUGGCUUCCAUUAGUUCUCUUUGUUUUAAACUGAACUCACUGCAGUUACAAACACUCUUAGAACGCUAUCUACCUUCAGAUGAUGAACCUCAUAUACCUCAGGAAUUUAUUGAAAGUGUUGUAAAGGUUGCUGAAAAUACUGCUGAUGAACAAGUUAGAAGUGAAGGUAGAGAUAUUAAACUCGAAGAAGACUCUGAUUUACAAUUGCCUUUCUUGUUGCCUGAGGAUGGUUAUUCUUGUGAUAUUGUUCGAGGAGUUUCAGCUGGAUUGCAAGAAUUUUUACAACCACUUAUUCUAGCAGGUCUUUGUCGUCUUACAAUUCAGCCUACAUCUUCUGGGUAUUGGACUGUUUGCAUGUCUGAUCAAGAUAUUGGCAGGUUGCCUUCUGGGGCUCGUAGUCCAAGUUUACACAGUCAUGUUGAUAAUAGAAGCAGCUGGAAAAACCAAGAAGCAGAAGUAGUUACAAUCCGCUUACAGAAAAGUAAUAAUGGCAUCGGUCUGAACAUUAUUGCUGCUGGGGCUCCCUCUGACGCUGACAAGCUCGUAAUCUACAUAAAAUCUGUUGUAACAGGCGGUGCUGCUGACCUAGGUGGCUGAAUUAAUGACACGAACUGGUCCUGUUGUUACCUUAGAAGUUGCUAAACAAGGUGCAUUUCUUAAUGGUCUGACUGAUUUGCUAACUAAACCUUCACCUACAAUUCAAAGAGGGCCUCGCAGAAUGAGUGAGCGAGAUAUUCCAUCGAGGGUUAUGAAUGAAAAUGGUCAUGAUGGGAGAAUACCUCCAGGAUCUAACCACCUGUUGCCUCCUCGAAUGCUGAGCAGUAAAAGUGUUCCUUCUUUAAAUAGUAAGGAUUCUGACAUUUUA